AUGGCGGCGGAAGCGGGGGUGGAAGGGACCAUGGGGGUCCGUCUGACUCCGUUUCAUCGCUUGGCGGGGGCUCAGAAGAUUCGCGCUGCGCUGGAAAUACCAGAUGGCGAAGUUUUUCCCGUUCCAAACAACUGGACGUCUCUCGAGAAACUGACGGCAGAGCAACGAGAGCUGCUGUUCUUAUCAACUUGCCUCAUCACGCUCAAUGCGGAUGGAGGCCUGAUGGCCAUUGCUCGCCAGCAACGCAUCGUCUUGCUCAGCGGUCCUGAGCACGACUGGAACAUUUGCGCACGCUACAGCAUCGCUGCUCCGGCCCCAAUUCGUGAUAACCCUCUGGAUCGUAUUGCCGAGCGCCGUCCGCGUCAAAAGCUGCAACAGCCUUCCAUAGUUGCCCUCAGCUCCAUCAGCAUUUCGCUCAAUGCCACUGGGCAGCCAGAGCAGCUCAUUUUGGCCGGUACCAAUCGCGGGUAUCUCCAUGUACUGCGCCACAACGGCGAGCGCAUCCUCUGUCAAAUGCUUCACGAUGCACCUGUCGUGCGCAUCACCCAACAACCGGGCAAAGGCCCCCUCAACGACUUGGCGCUGCUCUACCCGGAUGCUGUGGUCAUUAUUGAUGGCCUGAGUCUUGCAAGGACGGUACUGGGUCGGAUUCACCAGGACUCGGAGAGCGAGGCCACCCUUGAGGUUAAGAAAUACGGUCUCGAGGACCAGGAUAACUGCCGUGACAUUGCUUGCUGUGGCCCUUCCUUGGCCAGCGAUUAUGACCACCUCAUGCUUUAUGCGGCGCGACAUGCCGAGCAUCAGGAGAUGUGCGCAUAUAUUGUGGCCGGUGCCAGCCCCAUGCUUGCCAAGUACACCACGCUGGGUGUGGACCGGCCCUUCUCAACCGUCGCUGCCCUUGCCACUUCUAUGGCUACCCAGUUUAGCAAGGCUAUGUUCUCAAUGGUCAAUAGCUUCUGGGGUGGCUCCUCAACAGCAGCCAAGUCACAGAGCAAGGCACCCGCAGAGAGCUCUGACCCCAGCGAAGUGCCACCUUCUGCGCGCGAACCUGCCACUCCAUUACCCAUGGCCAGCUCGCUCAGCGAUGCCAAGCGCGAGUUUCUGCGCUUGAGUUUGAGUCCAGAUCAACGCCUGCUGGCUGCAGCCGACAACCUUGGUCGUGUCUUCCUGUUGGACGUCGCCACGCUGUCAGCCGUGCGCAUGUGGAAGGGUUAUCGCGAUGCCGAGGUGGCGUGGCACGUAUCCGAGCCCAUGAAAGAACGUGCGGGGCCUAUGGCUCUCCGUGCCAUGUUUCUGAUCAUCUAUGCCCCCCGGCGCGGACAAGUGGAGCUGUGGAAUGUGCCAUUUGGAGACCGUGCUGCAGCCUUUAACAUUGGCGUUGGGCAGAUACCACCGCGCCAGACCUGGGUUCUCGACAGCAGUGGUCACAUUUUCAAGCUGGCGGCUGCUUUUGAUGCCUCUCUCAGCACGGAGAUGACGGCCCAGCGGGCUGCGCAGGUCAACCUGCAGCAUUUUCAAGCUGCAUUGGAAUUGCUACGGCAAGCAAACAACGCGCAGGAUGCCGAGGCCGCCUGCUUGGCCGUGCUGGAGCGCAGUCAAGCGCUCGAAGCUGAGCUCCGUGUGCAGGCCCUGAUUGAGGCUUUGCACGAGCCGUUUUUGCCGCUUCCGCUCAUGGAGCAAUUGCAGCAGCAGCUGCAAGACGUGGCCGAGCCGGGCUCUGCUGCCGCCAGCAAGGGUCAUGCAUGGGCAUCACUGCUCGUCAGUCGCACAACGGCUCUUGAGGCAUUGAUUGAGAUGGCACCAACGGACUGGGAUGACGGCGAGGAGGAUGAUGCUGAUGAAGAUGGUGUUGAGACCCCGGCUAGCUCAAAGCAGGCACCAGACUAUCAACGACUCGUCGCCAGCGCCUCCGACGCCCUCAAACCUUUUGCUACUACACUGCAAAUGGCAGCCGACUCUUCGGCACUGACCGCCUUGCUUACGUCAGCUCAUGCUGCUUCAAUCGCUCGGAAUUGGCAGCCCGAGGCUGCAUGUGACGCUGCCUUUUUCAUGUCUUGCUGCCAGCCAGAGCUGGUGGCCAGUGGGGUAAACGCAGACGGGAGUGCGGCGCCGCCCGUUACACGACUGCGUUCAAACCUGGGCGACACGGAGCGCUUAUGGGUAGCGCGUCUGCUUUUCGGUGCCCUCUUCCAAGACUUGCGCUCGGCUGCCACCGUGGCAGGUCGUCUUUGCGAGUUGCGUCUGGCUGCCAGCGACAUUCUUGAUUGUUUCAUGUCGCUGUUCCUGAGUUCGCCCCCCACAACCUGGUUGGCCCCUGCUUGGUUCUCGCCGCUUCGUAACUUUGUGCCCGAGCUGCAGCGUAUUUUGCAAGAGCAGGACCCACGCGUUGCGGUUCGGAAGGCUGGCAAGGUAUCUAUCAACGAGCCGAUUGUUGUACCAGAUGCCUUGCUGCAAGCCAGCAAUCCGUUGUAUUGCGCUGUUUGGUUUUUGCUGCAUCAGAGCUCCUUCCGCUCUAUGACCACCUCUGGGGAAGCGACCGAGGCUGUCGGCGAAGACUCGAUUGAUGACUUUCUGGCUCGUCAUCUCCAGGCCAUUGUGCUGGCCACGGCAGCAUGUGCCACCAACGUGCUCGCUGAAACGGCAGCUGGCGAGGAGGAGACAGGGCUGGCGUGCAGCAUUCAACAGGCAAGACUCAAGCCCCUGCAUAUGCUCGGCGAGCUCUUGCGACUCAACUGCCCCGAGCAAGAGCUGUUGACGUUGGCAUUUGCGCCUCUCCUGGCGGCGGAUGCGGAUGAUCAUCGUGCGUUUGUGGCCUUCCACCUCGUGCAACAUUGGCAAACCCAUCCGAAAGCAAGCAGCGACCUUCGCCGUGCAAUUUCGGCCCUGGCUUUGCAUCAUGCUGGUUCGGGUGUUCGUCUUUGCACGUGGGCCUGGGGUCAAGGGCUCAAGGCAUUCUUGGCACGGGUGGUGGAGGAAAACGAGCGUGCGGGCAAGGCCUUACCCAGUCGGCACGUGGAGCGCACCUUUGGUGUCUCGCUGGACCAGCUCAUUGAGGCGCUCUUGGCCGUUGCUGAAUGCACCGCGCAGUGGGAGAGGCAUUGCCUUGCUCUCGACGGCGAAGCCUCUGAUCCCGCAGCGCUGGUGGCGGCCAGUGCCUUGCAACUGCCGUCCUUGGCAGAGUUUGAUGCGUCGACGCGAGAACCACGAUAUAUGAACGCACUUCAAACAACGAGCCUGCCCGUGCUAGACAAGGUGCAGCUGCAUCGGCAGUUGGCCCAGGUCACUGCUUUGGUCAUGGCGCUCGGAAUGAAGAACUUGCGCAUUCUCACACUCUUCCCCGAGGCCCAGCGCGAGUUUUUGUUCGCUCCAGUAGCCGUGGUAGAUCCAGUGCCUGCCCAACUCUCGCAGGGUGUGCUGGAUUCGCGUCGAAGCUGGUUUAUGCGCGCCGCCGCCAUGACCCUGGAUCACCCACGUGUGGCAGAUCUGUUGCCUCUUCUUGAAGCCAUUAUGGACCGGUUUUACUGUUGUGUCUCCCUGGAGGAGCAUCGCGAUUUUGUGGCGCAACGUUUGGCCUUGAAUCGCUUGCAACGAGCUGGCGCGAGUCCGGAGGAUGUGGAUGCGGACACGGCCGCCAUUGGUGCCUGGUUGGGGACUUCCAGGCCCGAGGUACUGGCUGCCGAUGUGUGGCGCCUGGCGCUGUAUCGACUAUGGCACCUCUUGCAGGACCACGGAGAGGUAGCUGGGCGGAUUCUGUCGCAGCUGCCCGUGGACAUUAUAAAUCGAGUCCAAUCGGGCGCCAGCAAGGAAAUAGGAGAUGCCCAGGUGCUACCCGUGAGCUCGGAGCGGAUUGUUUUGCUACUGGAAACCCUGAUGACAGCUUGUCCAGACUCGAGUGAUAUUGACAGCGAGAUGUGUGAUCAACUGCUGGACGCACUGCGCCAGUAG